GACAAAAUAAUUCAAAAAUGUACUCAGUUGUAUAUUUUCAUUUAUUAAGCCUAUUAUUCCUGUGAUUUUGCGGUUUCAUUCAUCCUAUAUUUUGAUUGGGUGGAUUGAUUAUUUUUAUGAAAAAUGAUUGAUAAACGGCAAAGAAUUGAUUUGCGAAUAUUUAUUGAACUCAAUUAAUCAUUUUAUUUAAUUCAUGGUGAACUUAUGCAUGGACUGGAACAGGGACUGGAGCUGGGGCAAGAGCUGGUGAUGAUACAGCACUGGCUGGAAUUGUCUCGAACACUGGGGAUGAAGGAGCCAAUUUGAUUAGUGAUGGACUGCUGGCUGCAGCAAUCACUGGAACGUAUCCUGGAGCUGGGGCAAAAGCGGGUGCUGGAGCAUAGGCUGGAGCUGGGGCAUAAGCUGGAGCUGGGGCAAAGGCUGGAGCUGGAGCGUAGGCUGGAGCUGGGGCAUAAGCUGGAGCUGGAGCAUAGGCUGGAGCUGGGGCAUAAGCUGGAGCUGGGGCAAAGGCUGGAGCUGGAGCUGGAGCAUAGGCUGGAGCUGGGGCAUGAGCUGGAGAUGGAGCAUAGGCUGGAGCUGGGGCAUAAGCUGGAGCUGGAGCUGGUGCGUAAUGGACUGGAGCUGAAGCAUAGGCUGGAGCUGGUGCAUAAUGGACUGGAGCUGGAGCAUAAGCUGCAGCUGGAAUAUGAGCUGGAGCUGGUGCGUAAUGGACUGGAGCUGGAGCAUAGGCUGGGGCUGGGGCAUAAGCUGGAGCUGGAGCAGCAGCAUAAGCUGGAGCUGGGGCAGCAGCAAAAACUGGAGCUGGGGCAUAAGCAGGUGCUGGAGCAUAAGCUGGAGCAGCAGCAUAAACUGGGGAUGGAGCAUAAACUGGAGCUGGGGCAUAAGCAGGUGCUGGAGCAUAAGCUGGAGCAGCAGCAUAAACUGGGGAUGGAGCAUAAACUGGAGCUGGAGCGAAAACUGGAGCUGGAGCAUAAGCUGGAGCAGCAGCAUAAACUGGAGCUGGGGCAAAGGCUGGAGCUGGAGCAUAAGCAGGUGCUGGGCUGUAGGCUAGUGGAGCUGGUGCAUAUGGUCCAGCAGGAGGGGCUGCGGCAACAAGAGCAGCGUGGGACAGGCUUCCAGCGGGACUGGCGGCCAGAACCUCAGCAGCCGCCUCAGUGAAGGGGAUAGCGGCGGGGGCGUAGCUCCAUGCUGGUGAUGCAUACCUCAAAAUGGUUGGUGGAACGGCAGAGUGGUCCUUCACCUUGACAAUGUUGUCCUCAAUCAGCUUGAAAUCAGCAACAUGGCGCGAGCUCUGUGAUACCUUGGUGUCAAUAAACUCUUUUUCCUCAAUGAGUGUCACAAUU